AGAAAAAGGAAAAUAUGAAACUGGUUGUGUUCUUCCCCCUUCUUUUCCUCAUUCUCAUUCUCACCUCCGCCGUGGCGGCCUACGAAGAUUUCGAGGACGACGGCGAAGAAUAUUCGAGCCUAGAGGUUCCGCAGUUGCAGGAGUUCUCACCUUUCGAUGAUUUUCUUUCGUAUGGUUUCUACCAGAAAAGAUGUCCCGACGUCGACGCCAUCAUUCACCGGAAACUCAAACAGUGGUUUGAUCAAGAUAACACCAUCGCCGCCAGCCUCAUGAGGCUCCACUUCCACGACUGCGUCGUUAGGGGUUGCGACGGCUCCAUUCUUCUUGAUUACGAGGGAAGCGAGAGGAGGGCUCCGGCGAGCAAGACGCUGAGGGGAUUCGAAGUAAUCGACGAUAUCAAAGCGGAGUUAGAAAAAAAGUGCCCUAAAACAGUUUCUUGCGCCGAUAUUCUGACCGCCGCCGCCAGAGAGGCCACCGUGCUGGUGGGCGGCCCAUAUUGGAUGGUCCCUUAUGGAAGAAGAGACGGAGUCGAUUCCAUUGCCGAAGAAACCAAAUUAGUUCCCAUCGGAAUCGAAGACAUCACUUCUCUCAUUCAACAGUACCAAUCCCUCGGCUUGAAUCUCGUAGAUUUGGUCGUUCUUUCAGGGGCACACACCAUCGGAAGGGCAACAUGCGGCGCGAUACAGAGCAGGCUUUACAAUUACAGCGCGACGGGGAAGGCGGACCCAUCGCUGAGCCCAAAAUACUUGAAUUUCUUGAGAAGAAAGUGUCGAUGGGCGUCGGAUUACGUGGAUCUUGACGCCACAACGCCUAAGAAAUUCGACAGCGCCUACUACUCUAAUCUCCCUAAGAAAAUGGGGCUUUUGUCGACCGAUUCGGCUCUGUACACCGAUCCAAGGACUGCUCCCAUCGUCAAAGCGUUGGCCUACCAACCCGACAUCUUCCGCCAUCAGUUUGCUGUGUCCAUGGCCAAGCUUGGAAAUGUUCAGGUUCUUACCGAUCUUUUCGAAGGCGAGAUUCGAACCAAUUGCAGCUGUAGAAAUCCUCGUUGAUUUUUCUGUUUCUUUCUCUUUAUACUUUGUGAUUUCCAUUGCUGGCGCCGAUCUAUAUAUCGUUCUUCAACAUUCUUUUUGUUGUUGGUUAAUUUGCUCCAUUGAUGAAUUCUGUUUCUUCUUAAGGACUGCACUCGUCUGUUAUUGCAGAGAUUCUCUGGUUUUGCAAUCACCUACUUGAAGAAUUAAUUAAUGACCUUUAUAUUGA